ACUUUGUUAUAUACCUGGAGAAAUUGUACUCAACUGAACCGUAGAAAACUGCUUCACUCACUCAGCACAAAUUUCCUGUUUUCUUCAACUCCUCUGCCUUCAUAAAUGCUGUGCUUUCUGCAUGAAUUUACGUCCCUUGUACUUCCUCCGUCAUUUUCUCUCAUUAGAAACCUCACCUCCUUAGUUUACUCGCUGCGCAAUGUCUCGGCCGCCUGUACUAGAAAUCCCCGUUGAUGAUUCCCAACAGAAAACCUCGCCUGAUAAUAAUCUAACACCGACGGAAACUGAAAAUCUAGAGACGGUCGCCGAGGCUUGGAAGCAUGUCAUCCGCGACGUUUUCAGUACUCGCACCGAUCCCAAUAUCCAGACAAACCCGGAGGACAAGAGUGGAAGAACCUUGGAUAACGUGAACAUCAGAACUACGCUGCAGAUCUGUAGCAACGGUGGAGGACCAGCAAUUUAUGGAGACUCGGAGGUGGUUCCUAAUAAUAGUAAUGGUGGAGGAGGUAAGACAACUUCGGUUCUGAAACCGUCACCUAGCGUGGGGAUAAGUCUGGAGAAUCUUCUGGAAGUGCCGAUCGGUGGCUCCGGAAAAAACGGUGCUGCGGAGAAUGGUUCAGGUAUGUCGAUGAUGGAUGAGGCUUGGGAGCAACUCAGCAGAUCCUAUGUUUACUUCAAAGGUCAGCGGGUUGGCACACUCGCAGCCAUUGAUACUGGCGGCGAGACCUUGAAUUACAAUCAGGUCUUUGUGAGAGACUUUGUUCCUUGUGGAUUGGCCUGCUUGAUGAAAACUGAUGCAGAUGUAGACAUAGUGAAAAAUUUUCUAUUGAAGACCCUUCACCUCCAGGGAUGGGAGAAAAGAAUUGAUAACUUUACACUUGGAGAAGGUGUAAUGCCUGCCAGUUUCAAGGUUAUCCAAGAUCCUAACCGUCAGAAGGAGGUUUUACAAGCGGACUUUGGAGGCACUGCAAUCGGGAGAGUUGCACCUGUGGAUUCUGGGUUCUGGUGGAUUAUAUUGCUGCGAUCAUAUACUAAAUGCACACAUGAUUAUUCCCUGUCGGAGUUACCUGAGGUGCAGAGAGGAAUGAAGUUGAUACUUAACCUCUGUCUGUCUGAUGGAUUUGAUACAUUUCCUACACUCUUAUGUGCAGAUGGAUGUAGCAUGAUUGACAGGCGGAUGGGAAUUUAUGGUUACCCAAUUGAGAUCCAGGCACUCUUCUUCUUUGCACUAAGGUGCGCAAGACAAUUGCUUAAACCAGAGCAUGAUGGUAAGGAAUUGAUUGAGCGCAUUGACAAACGGAUCACAGCUCUGAGUUACCAUAUACAAAAUUACUACUGGCUUGAUUUCACUCAACUUAAUAACAUUUAUCGCUACAAAACUGAGGAAUAUUCUCACACUGCUGUCAACAAAUUCAAUGUCAUUCCUGAAUCUAUCCCAGACUGGGUAUUUGAAUUCAUGCCACUAAGAGGAGGCUAUUUCAUUGGCAAUGUAAGCCCGGCGCGCAUGGAUUUCAGGUGGUUCUUGGUUGGAAACUGUAUUGCUAUUUUGAGCUGUUUAGCAACUCCAGCACAGGCUACAGCAGUUAUGGAUUUGAUUGAGGAGCGCUGGGCAGACCUAAUAGGGGAGAUGCCCCUGAAAAUUGCAUAUCCAGCACUUGAAGGACAUCAGUGGAGAAUUGUAACUGGAUGCGACCCAAAGAACACAAGAUGGAGUUAUCACAAUGGUGGUUCUUGGCCAGUUCUUCUAUGGCUACUCACAGCAGCGAGCAUUAAAACUGGAAGACCUCAAAUUGCAAAGAGGGCAAUAGAGUUGGUGGAGCAGCGCCUUGCCAAAGAUGGAUGGCCUGAGUACUAUGAUGGCAUUACUGGACGGUACAUUGGAAAACAGGCGAGGAAGUACCAGACAUGGUCAAUUACAGGAUAUCUGGUUGCAAAACUUAUGAUAGAGAAUCCAUCCAAUCUGCUCAUUAUAUCACUUGAAGAGGACAAAAAGAUUGCAAAGCCAAAGCUCACGCGUUCUGCCUCAUGGACCUGUUAGCUUAGUAAUUCAGAUAUUCUGCCUUUUGAGAUGAAACAUUUGAAGUAAGGCUUCUCCAUUUGAAUACUGUUUCAAUCCAAUUGUACUUAAAUGAUCCCUAAAAUCUGUUAUCUGGUGGAACACAUUGCUUUGUUUUGGUGCGAUUUCGUGAUGAGUGAUGGAAAGCAGGAAGCAUUCUCUGUUUUGCAUUAGUGUAAUGAAAUUAAUGGAA